UAGACCCUCUUUUCCAUCAGUGGUGAAAAGUUCAUACAGCCUACUGGUUAAUCGUUGGUUUAUAUUCAUUGUGCAUUUUAUACUGUGCUUGUAGUUCGAAUUCAUAACCAAAAAACUAGAAAGGGAACUGUUGAAGUGUUAUUCCGAUCACCAAGUAUUUUAGGAUUACUCUUUAACACAAAUAUGUCUGAGCUUCAAUCAUCGCUGUUACUAAAAAAACAAUUGGCAGAAUUGAACAAAAAUCCUGUUGAAGGAUUUUCAGCUGGAUUGAUCGAUGAAAAUGAUAUAUUCAGGUGGGAGGUGCUUAUUAUCGGACCUCCGGAUACACUUUACGAAGGCGGAUUUUUCAAGGCUCAUUUAUAUUUCCCUAAAGAGUAUCCCUUGCGCCCACCUCGCAUGAAGUUCGUCACAGAAAUUUGGCAUCCAAAUAUCGAGAAAAAUGGUGAUGUUUGCAUUUCAAUUCUUCAUGAACCUGGAGAUGAUAAGUGGGGAUAUGAAAAAGCUUCCGAACGUUGGUUACCAGUACACACAGUUGAGACAAUUUUGAUAUCAGUGAUAUCAAUGCUCGCUGAUCCAAAUGAUGAGUCAGCAGCUAACGUAGACGCUGCAAAGGAAUGGAGGGAAUCUUAUCCGGAAUUUAAAAGGAAAGUAGCCCGUUGUGUCAGAAAGAGUCAGGAAGAAUGCUCGUAGAACUUGCUUGUAUUUGUAUAUUUAUAAUUCCGAUUUGAUACCAACCUAUAAAGAGAGAAGAAACGAAAAGAAAAACAAAAUAAAUCUAAUUUUCUUAAUCCA